AUGGUGGACGCAAUCUUUACUUUAUUGUAUAAUCCGAGCUACCUUGCAGGGGCACUUGUGCUAGCCGUUCAAUUGAGGAAGAUUCUCGAGUUGUCAGGAGUUGAAGCUGAGAUUGGAGUGUUGAUAGACCAGUCACAAUUUACAACUCUGCAGUUGCAGCUUGUAUCGAGGUACUAUGGAAAAUUGAUUGAUGUGUCGCCGAUUCGCUCCACGCUAAUACUCAAGUUGACCCAGGAUUUGCAGAGACCAGAUUUGGAUAAAACAUUCACCAAGAUUGAACUAUGGUCGUUGGUACAAUACGACAAGAUUUUAUAUAUGGACGCUGACACGCUCCCUUUGCUUCCGGAACCAUGGCAGGAGAAGGACAAGGACGUUGUUCCUACGGUUGCCCAUCUUUUGAAUUUGGAGUUCAAGUCCAACAAAAUUUUGGCUGCACCCGACAGUGGAUUUCCCGAUGUGUUCAAUUCAGGUGUCUUUGUGUUGCAACCCAACAUUGAAGUUUACCAUGACUUGAAAUCGCUUGUGAGAAGGUCAAUUGAAGAUUCUAGUAUAUCUUUUGAUGGAGCAGACCAGGGUUUGCUCAAUCAAUACUUUAACCGGCAGCCAGAUUGGGUCUCUGAGUUGCUCGGUGAAGAGAGCAAGGACGUGGACGAUUUUCUGGGAAGCAAUAAUUGGAUCAAGCUUCCCUUCUUGUACAACGUGACCCCAUCUGUCGCUUACGAGUAUCUACCUGCAUUCAAACAUUUCCGCGGCGUCAAUCCUGGUCCUGAAUGGGAGGAGCUCCAGCCAGAGCAACCAGGCCCUGAUCAAUACCGGCAACCUGAGUUGGACACACUCAGCCGAUACCGCGCAACUGCAUUGACUUAUAUAAAGGGCCAAUCGCAAAUAAAAGUUGUGCAUUUCAUUGGGCCCUACAAGCCGUGGACAUGUAUGCCCACUGGCGAGGGCAUGCAUGGGGACUGGUGGAGAGCUUGGGUGCAAGAGUUUGGGGAACGCUCAGUCUCAGACGUGGUGGCGAACAAAGAAGAAGUGAAUGAACAAGGCGAGCCAGUGUUUAUAGAAGAGCAUCAACAGAUUAGGGAGGAGCCGCAAGCGCCGGCAAUAGUAGUUGAACCGUCACCAUCUGACCCAUUUGCAUUGCUGGAUCCUUCUCGUUACCAGGUUUUUAAAAAUAACAUAAAGCCGAGCGUUGACGCCAUGUGGGAUCCAGCAAGAGAACCGCCUCCAAAGCACGACGAGCCUUCCGAUACAUCUUUUUCAGAAGACUUUGGCCGUACGAGUUUUGCUUUAUCGACAAUUGAAGAACGGGCAGAAGAACAAGAGCAGGGAUUUCACGGACGGGGAGGACCAGAGCAAUUUCAACCACCACCAGAAGAAGAACAAUUUAUUUACCAGCCCGAGGCGCAACAAAUCGUUGACGUUAUUGAAAAUGUUGAAGAUGCUGAAUAUGGGGAAACCGAGGCAUACGCCGGAGACGCCGAAAACCAACCUUUCGAGGCACCACCGCCGGCACCGGCGCCGGCACCAGCAUCUGCACCAGCAUCUGCACCAGCUCCAGUAUUCGUAAUGCCGCGCGAACUUCCAGAGUUGUAUGGUCACCGCUUUGUUGAGCCCGAAAGAGUCUUUGACGAAAGCUCGGAUUAUUUUCCAAACCAUAUUUUGCAAGAUCUAGAGAAGAUCGACAUUGAGCGAAACGACAAUCCAAUGGUGCCCGAUGCACAGGAGGACCCGCAAGCUGUAUCACACUAUGCUGCCGAUGUCGAGAGUUUCAACCAAGAGGAAGAGGUUUUGGAAAAAGAGGCGGUGAUUGACGAGAAUGAAUUCCAGGAGGCGAUUGAUACGGACAAUGAGGAUGUAGACGAAGAGCAACAACAACAACAAACCGAGGCCAGCACCGAGCAAUUUGAGAUUGUGGACCAAGCUCCAAAACUUUUCCCCUGGGAGUUCAGAGGAAACCAAAAGCCAGAACGAAAAUUCAAUUAG